UAUAUUUAUGUACCUAGAACGCGUUAGUGUGCUCGCUUUUUUGGAAUUAUUUUCAUCCCCCUCAGAAAUCAAAGGGAGCAUAUCGAUCAAAAGUUUGAAGUUUUCAAUUUGAGUCGACAAUUGCAGAUUUCAUAUAACAUGGAUAUAAAAUCAUUUCUUUACGAAUUUUGCGCCAAGUCGCGUAUCGAACCAAAGUUUGACGUACGGCAAACGGGUCCCAAAAACCGUCAGCGUUUCUUGUGCGAGGUGCGUGUGGACCAGAACAACUACAUAGGUGUUGGAAAUUCCACUAACAAGAAGGAUGCCGAGAAAAACGCGUGCCGCGACUUUGUCAACUACUUGGUGCGAGUGGGCAAGCUGAAUGCGCAGGAUGUGCCUGCGGAUGUGGGUGCUUCGGCGGGGGCGGGACCAGGACCCAGGGUCGGUCAACAGGGCGAGGGCGUGGCACUGGGCGGUCAGCAGAAGCGCGUGUUUGGUGACCAGACCGGUCCCCAGGAUCUAGGAGAGGCCUACCGCCCACUGAACCACGAGGGGGGUGGCGAUGGCAGCCGCUUCAACAUUAUCGACCAUGUCCAGGAGCAGAAGGACAUGAACGAGGCUGAGUCCAUCGAUGUUAACGCCGCUAUCCACGGCAACUGGACCAUAGAGAAUGCCAAGGAACGCCUGAAUAUGUACAAGCAGGCCCACAACAUCCGCGACGAUUACAAGUAUACGCCAGUGGGCCCGGACCAUGCUAGGAGCUUCAUGGCCGAGUUGUCCAUUUACGUACCGGCGCUCAAGCGGAAAGUGACUGCCCGCGAGACGGGUUCCAACAAGAAGUCGGCCAGCAAAUCGUGUGCUCUGUCCCUGGUGCGUCAACUCUUCCAUUUAAAGGUUGUCGAGCCCUUUAGCGGAACCUUAAAAAAGAAGAAGGACGAGGAACUGAAACCAUACCCAGUGAAGCUCGCGCCCGAGCUGGUUAACAGCAUAGACGAGGUGAUCCAUGUUCUAGACCUCCCAGUCGUAAACCCGCGCAAUAUAAAAAUAGAGUCGGACGGCGCUCCCAUCCCAUUGAUUGUUAACGUAAACCGCAUUGACUCUUCUCAACAAGAUGGUGAGAAGCGACAAGAAAGCUCUGUAAUUCCGUGGGCACCCCCCCAGCCGAAUUGGAACACCUGGCAUGCAUGCAACAUCGACGAAGGCGAUCUGGCUACAGCUUCUAUUGAUGACCUCUCGAUGGAGUUCGAACGCUCAUUGAGGGAUCGCCGCCAGAACGACCCCGCAUACCGACAAUUCCUUGAGUUUCGCGACAAGCUACCAAUAGCAGCCAUGAGAUCCGAGAUUCUAAGCGCCAUUAAUGACAACCCAGUGGUAAUUAUUCGCGGAAACACAGGCUGCGGGAAGACCACUCAGAUUGCACAGUACAUCCUCGACGACUACAUCUCUUCCGGCCAAGGCGGCUAUGCCAAUAUUUACGUGACACAGCCUCGCCGCAUCUCGGCAAUAUCUGUGGCAGAGCGCGUAGCCCGCGAGCGUUGCGAGCAGUUAGGCGACACAGUCGGCUACUCGGUACGAUUUGAGUCAAUUUUCCCGCGACCCUACGGCGGAAUUCUCUUCUGCACCGUGGGUGUGUUGCUGCGCAAACUGGAGGCCGGAUUACGCGGAGUUUCGCACAUCAUCGUGGACGAAAUCCAUGAGCGAGACGUGAACAGCGACUUUUUACUGGUGAUCCUUCGCGACAUGGUCGACACCUAUCCGGAUCUACACGUUAUUCUUAUGUCAGCCACUAUUGACACGACGCUCUUUUCCAAAUAUUUUGGUGGGUGUCCCGUUCUGGAGGUGCCCGGCAGGGCUUUUCCCGUGCAGCAGUUCUUCCUAGAGGACAUUCUGCAAAUGACUGACUUCGUCCCCUCGGUGGAGUCGCGCCGUAAGCGCAAGGAGGCAGAGGACGAAGAACAGCUCCAGCUCUCAGAGAACAAGGAAGAGAUGGAGACCAACUUUAACAAGGUGUGCGAAGACAAGUAUUCACAGAAGACGCGCAACGCAAUGGCCAUGCUCUCCGAAUCUGACGUUAGCUUCGAGCUGCUGGAGGCCCUGCUGAUGCACAUUAAGUCAAAAAACAUUCCCGGCGCCAUCCUGGUUUUCCUGCCCGGCUGGAAUCUUAUCUUUGCGCUUAUGAAGUUCCUGCAGAACACGAGCACAUUUGGUAAUUCAGCCCAGUAUCGUAUUCUGCCGUGCCACUCGCAGAUCCCGCGGGACGAGCAACGCAAGGUUUUUGAGACAGUGCCAGAAGGCGUCACCAAGAUAAUUCUCUCCACCAACAUUGCAGAGACCUCAAUUACAAUUGACGAUAUUGUCUUUGUAGUUGACAUCUGUAAAGCGCGCAUGAAGCUCUUUACUUCCCACAACAACCUUACCAGCUACGCCACCGUUUGGGCCAGCAAGACCAAUCUGGAGCAGCGCAAGGGACGCGCUGGACGAGUCCGUCCGGGAUUCUGCUUUACGCUCUGUUCGCGUGCCCGCUUUGAAGUGCUUGAGGAUACCCUCACCCCAGAGAUGUUCCGAACGCCCCUGCACGAGAUGGCUCUCACAAUUAAACUGCUGCGACUCGGCGCCAUCCACCACUUCUUGUCAAAGGCGUUGGAGCCACCACCAGUAGACGCGGUUAUCGAGGCUGAGGUGCUGUUACGGGAGAUGCGAUGCCUCGACAUCAACGAUGAACUUACCCCAUUGGGUCGCCUCUUGGCACGGCUACCAAUCGAGCCGAGACUGGGAAAGAUGAUGGUCCUCGGGGCGGUGUUCGGCUGCGCCGAUCUGGUGGCCAGCAUGGCCUCCUAUUCCAGCACCUUCUCAGAGGUGUUCAGCCUGGACAUUGGCCAACGCCGCCUGGCAAAUCACCAAAAAGCGUUAAGUGGAAGCAAGUGUUCCGAUCACGUGGCAAUGAUUGUGGCUUCACAGUUGUGGCAGAGAGCUAAGCAACAAGGUGAGCAGGCGGAGGCCCGCUUCUGCGACUGGAAGGGUCUGCAAAUGAGCACCAUGAACGUGAUGUGGGAUGCCAAGCAGCAGUUGCUGGACUUGCUUGAACAGGCCGGAUUUCCAGAAGAGUGCAUGACAUCGCACUACGUGGAUUCGGAGCCUAAUGGCGAUGACCCGGUGCUGGACAUGUCGCUGGCCCUGCUGUGCCUGGGCCUCUACCCAAACAUUUGCGUGCACAAGGAGAAGCGUAAGGUGCUAACUACGGAGUCCAAGGCGGCGCUGCUGCACAAGACUUCAGUGAACUGCAGCAACUUGGCCGUCACCUUUCCGUAUCCGUUUUUCGUUUUCGGAGAGAAGAUACGCACGCGAGCCGUUUCCUGCAAGCAACUAUCUAUGGUUUCGCCCCUGCAGGUGAUGCUUUUCGGGUCGCGCAAGAUUGACUUGGCCGCGAACAGCGUAGUCCGCGUGGACAACUGGGUUAACUUUGAAAUGGAGCCGGAACAUGCGGCCAAGGUCGGGGCCCUGAAGCCGGCACUGGAGGAUCUUAUAACGGUCGCCUGCGACAACCCGGCCAACAUACUCCAACUGGAGGAGCCAUAUGCCAAGCUGGUCAAGGUGGUCAAGGCCCUCUGUGUCAAGGGAGCAGGCGACUUCGAACUGCACCGCGACUCGGGAAUUUUGCCGCACCAGUCACGCCAAUUCAGUUCCGGCGGAGGACCGGCCAAACGAGGUCGCUUCGAUGGUGGAGGCGGCGGCGGUGGAGGCCGCUUUGGCAACAGAGGUUCUGGUGGUUAUGGCAACCGCGGAAAUAGCAGCUUUGGCGGUGGGGGAGGUCGAGGCUUUGGAGGCGGCGGAUAUGGAAACAACGGUGGAGGGUAUGGAAACAAUCGAGGAGGAGGCUUUGGGAAUAACGGAGGUGGAUUUGGAAACAUGGGAGGCAACGGCUAUGGAGGCAGUGGCGGAUCAGGAGGCGGUUUUGGAAACUCUGGCGGCAACUUCGGAGGAGGCAAUGGUGGGCAGAACCAAACCGGCAGCUGGGGACGAUUUUAAUGGACACAGUUGGAAAAUCUUCAUUGAAUUUCUCAUUCGCAACAAGAAGUUUACACAAAGAAAAAUUAAUUU